CCGAUGGGCGCAAAAGCGCGCGACUUUGCCAGCACACUGAGCGGAUUUCGUGCGCCCUGUCAAAGCGGAAUAAUCAUGAACGCGCUGACUUUACUGCUUCUGCUCUGCGUGGGAAUUUGCGGGGAAAAUCUCGAAGGACCAACAGCUGGCUGUACGUUUGACGAGGACUCGGAUGUCGAGCUGUGCGAGUACAGACAGGGACAGGAGGAUGACUUUGACUGGCAGUUGGUGCGGACCUCCAGCUGGCCUUCCGUGCCCUCUGACCUCACACAGGGUUCUUAUAUGUUGGUGAACUCCUCUCAGCGAGGUCCAGGCCAGCGUGCCCAGCUGUUGCUCCACACGCUGAGCGAAAAUGACACCCACUGCGUACAGUUCAGCUACUUCCUCUACAGCCGCGACGGGCACAGCCCUGGCACGCUCAGUGUGUACGUGCAAGUAAAUGGCGGGCCGCUGGGGACCGCCGUCUGGAACAUUUCUGGAUCGCAGGGACGGCAGUGGCACCAGGUGGAGCUGGCGGUCAGCACGUUCUGGCCCAGUGAGUACCAGGUCAUAUUUGAUGCAACGGUGGCACCUGAGUCGAAGGGCUACAUCGGCCUGGAUGACAUAAUUCUGCUGAACUACCCCUGCUAUAAGGUGCCUCACUUCACCAGGCUGGGAGACGUGGAGGUAAACGCAGGGCAGAAUGCCACCUUUCAAUGUGUGGCUAACGGACGAGCUUCCAAGAUGGAUCCCUUUACCAUGGAGAGGCGGAGUGGUCUUCUCAUGGCACCGUAUUUACUCACCUCAUCAGUCGGUGAGCGACGUCUGGCUGCAUGGUUCCAGAUAGACAGAGCUCAGCGCUCGGAGCAGGAUCUUUACCGGUGUAUUACUCAGUCUUCUUACGGGGCAGCUGUUUCCAAUUUUGCUGAGCUUAUUGUCAGAGUCCCGCCCACUCCGAUAGCUCCACCCCAGCUUCUCCGGUCAGGCCCCACCUACUUGAUCAUCCAGCUAAACACCAAUUCUAUAGUGGGAGAUGGACCGGUGAUCCGGCGGGAGAUCGUGUACAGAGCGAGCCAUUCGCCGUGGUCGGAGACUCAUGGAGUCGGCUCUCUUACGUACAAAGUCUGGCAUCUGGAACCGGACACGGAAUACCGGAUCAGUGUCCUGCUUACACGGCCUGGAGAGGGGGGGACUGGACCACCCGGACCACCUCUAGUCAGCAGAACCAAGUGUGCUGAGCCCAUGCGUCCCCUGCGUGGUCUCACCACGUCAGAGAUCCAGUCCCGUCAGCUGGUGUUACAGUGGGAGCCUCUGGGCUACAACCUGACCCGGUGUCACACCUACUCUCUGUCGCUCUGCUACCGUUACUCCACCGCGACAGGAAGUGGGGCCAUCUCCAAUAACGCCACGGUGAGGGAGUGUUUAUCAGUGGAGAGGAACACGUCACGCUUCACACUGCGAGACCUGCCCCCCUUCCGCGCCGUGCACGUACGCCUGGCACUGUCCAAUCCCGAGGGCAAGAAGGAAAGCCGUGAGGUCACGUUCCAAACCGAGGAGGACAUCCCAGGAGGCAUUGCACCGGAGUCUUUAACCUUAACCCCACUUGAUGAUAUGAUCUUUCUUAAAUGGGAGGAACCUGUGGAACCCAAUGGUCUGAUCACACAGUAUGAGAUCAGCUACCAAAGCAUCGAGUCAUUCGAUCCCAGUGUGAACGUGCCUGGGCCCCGCCGCACUGUCUCCAAGCUGAAAAAUGAAACAUACCACAUGUUUUCAGGCCUUCAACCUGGCACCACUUAUCUAGUAUCCGUGCGUGCCCGUACGGCCAGGGGCUUCGGUCAGACCACCUUAACUGAGAUCACCACAAACAUUUCAGCUCCUGCGUUUGACUAUGAUGACAUCCCUUCUCCUCUGAGUGAGUCUGAGAGCACCAUUACAGUAUUACUGCGUCCUGCUCUCAGCAGAGGAGCUCCAGUCAGUAUGUACCAUGUGGUGGUGGUGGAGGAGGAUGGCUCCAGGCAGGUAAAGAGAAGAGAGCUGGGUCAUCACGAUUGCUUUCCAGCUGCCUCGGCUCAUGGCGAGGUGCAGGGCAGAAGCAGAGGCGUUCCACCUCACUACUACACGGCCAAGCUCUCCCCCAGCAGCCUUCCUGAGGAAUUCACCGUAGGGGACAAUCACACCUACAACGGGUACUGGAACAGUCCUUUAGACCCCAGCAAAACGUAUCUUAUCUACCUGCAGGCAUCGAGCAAUUUCAGAGGGGAAACACGGAUCAACUGCAUCCGGAUAGCACGGAAAGCUGCAUGUAAGGACCAUAAGCACGCUCUGGAGAUAUCCCAGCAUGCCGAGGACAUGGGUCUGAUUCUUGGAGCCUCUGCUGGAGGACUGGUGGUCUUUGUCCUUGUGCUUGGAGCUAUUGUCGUCAUAGUCAAGAAAGGAAGGAAGAAAGUAAACAUGAACAAGGCAGCCAUGACCUAUCGACCAGAGAAGACCAGAAGGCUGGGCUCGCUGGACUGCAGUACGGCUGAUCAGGCUACGCUGCAGCAGGACGAGCGGACCACGCACACCUUCAUGGAUGCACACGGCUGCAGUGCAAGGACUGAACAGCGCAGCUCGGUAAACGAGUCGAGCAGCCUACUGGGUGGAUCGCCACGACGGCACUGGCGUAGGAAGAGCUCUCCGUACCACACAGGGCAGCUGCAUCCAGCCGUAAGAGUAGCUGACCUGCUGCAGCACAUCAAUCAAAUGAAAACAUCCGAGUGUUAUGGCUUCAAACAAGAGUACGAGAGCUUUUUUGAUGGCUGGGAUGUCACUAAAAAGAAAGAAAAGACCAAAGGCAGACAUGAUACCCUGCUGGCUCACGAUCAUCAUCAUGUGAAAAUGCACUCUCUCUUGGCUGACCCCAACUCUGAUUAUGUCAAUGCCAACUACAUUGAUGGAUAUCAACGCUCCAACCAUUUCAUUGCCACUCAAGGGCCCAAGCAGGACAUGAUCUACGAUUUCUGGAGGAUGGUAUGGCAGGAAAACUGCUAUAGCAUAGUGAUGAUCACCAAGCUUGUUGAGGUAGGAAGGAUGAAAUGCUGCAAGUACUGGCCUGAUGACAGCGAGCUGUAUGGAGACAUCAAAAUUACUCUCCUAAAGACUGAAACUCUGGCUGAAUAUACAGUCCGGACUUUUGCCAUGGAGCGGCGAGGUUAUCCAGCCAAACAUGAGGUGUGCCAGUUCCAUUUCACGUCGUGGCCGGAACACGGAGUGCCCUAUCACGCCACGGGACUGCUGGCUUUCCUGCGCCGUGUCAAAGCCUCCACACCUCCUGAUGCUGGACCUGUGGUCGUACACUGCAGUAUGGGCGCUGGACGAACAGGUUGCUAUAUUGUCCUGGAUGUGAUGCUGGAUAUGGCGGAGUGUGAGGGAGUAGUGGACAUCUACAACUGUGUCAAGACACUUUGCUCACGGCGCAUCAACAUGAUUCAAACAGAGGAGCAAUACGUGUUUAUUCACGAUGCCAUUCUGGAGGCGUGUCUGUGUGGGGAGACCUCCAUCCCGGUCGGCGAGUUUGCGCUGACCUAUAAAGACAUGCUGAGGGUCGACACUCAAAGCAACACCUCGCAGCUUAGAGAAGAGUUUCAGACCCUGAACUCUGUGACGCCUCACCUAGACGUGGAGGAGUGCAGUGUAUCACUGCUGCCCAGGAACCGGGAGAAGAACAGGAGUAUGGACGUGCUUCCUCCUGACCGGGCCCUGGCCUUCCUCGUCUCUACCGAGGUGGACAGCAGUGACUACAUCAACGCAGCCCUGAUGGACAGUUUCCUCCGGCCAGCUACCUUGGUGGUGACGCCUCAUCCACUGCCCAACACCACCGCUGAUUUCUGGAGACUGGUGUUCGACUAUGGCUGCACCUCGAUCGUCAUGCUUAACCAGCUCAACCAGUCCAACUCUGCGUGGCCUUGUCUUCAGUAUUGGCCUGAGACUGGGAUGCAGCAGUUUGGUCCCAUGACGGUAGAAUUACUCUCCAGAUCCACUGAUGAUGAUACAAUCACACGACUGUUUAGAGUCAAUAACAUCACACGGCUGCCGGAGGGUCAUCUUGUGGUGCGCCAUUUCCAGUUCCUGCGCUGGUCAGCCUACCGGGAUAUACCGGACUCCAAAAAGGCCUUCCUUACUCUUCUGGCCCAAGUCCACAAGUGGCAGAGGGAGUGUGGUGAUGGUCGCAUCGUUGUUCACUGCCUGAAUGGAGGAGGGCGCAGUGGUACCUUCUGUGCAUGUACUAUAUUGAUGGAGAUGAUGGGGCACCACAGCAUGGUGGAUGUCUUCUACGCCGUCAAGACUCUCCGCAAUUCCAAGCCCAACAUGGUGGAGACAAUGGAGCAGUAUCGCUUCUGUUAUGAUCUGGUCCUGGAUUACCUGGACUGCCUAGAAGUCAGAUAACACCUUAGUCCAGACACCAGAGUCCAGCACAUCAAUGGAAGAGGAAAAGUUCUUACAAGGCUGUGGCUUGAAUCUCCUUUCCUUCACUGGCCUAUAAGGCUUGGAUGAAUGAACCCUUUUGUUGACCUUCUCCUUUUGUGAAAAUGGAAACGCAAGCGUAGGUGCAGGCAUGACGGACAAUACGUGGUUCUUACACCUUUGACCUAUAUGAUCAUUUCUUUUCUUUUCAUAUCGUCCCUUACCUUUGUUUAUCAUGCAAGAAAUAUUUCCAUGAGAGACUACUGGGGAAGGGCCUGUCUCUACACCUGUAAGGUAAAAGCCAAUUUUUCGAAUCAUGAAUCAAGUUCGAUUAAUUGAUUCUGAUUCCUUAGCCAAUCUGCCUUAUUCACAUAGUAAGAAGUGCAUAUCAUAUUCUGACGAUGCCAAGAUGCAGUGACUAAACAAGCAUUCUUGUGUAUUUAGAGUAUGUGUGUUCUUAGGUCCUCUACAUUGUACCCUGAAAGAGACAAUAGUAAAAAAAACCUGAUUUAAAUAGACCAUUUUAAGGUGGACCUCCAGGCAGCAUCAGUAUUUUAGCCAGCAGUGCAGAAGAGAUGCAAAGGUGGUACUUCGGUUUGAUUAAAUCAUCGUUCUUAUGUAAAUACCACAGAUAUUUUGCAGAACCGUUUCUCGAUGUUGUCUCCGAUGUGCCAAUGCAUUCUUCUUUUGUGCCUGUGUGUUAAAAAGAGGGCCACUUAUGCAUCUGCAUGCCUGUUGUACUGUGCGUGUCCAUUGCGAUGUGAUCGGGUCAAACUGCAUUGGGCAUCUUACACAGCAUACUCGCUUUCAUCAAGACUAAUGUAAACAUUUGAAAACAAUGUAAUAAAAAAAAUGCUAUCGUGGGAACAAGGUGAGGCGCUCACCAUGAUUUGCUUUUUAAAUUUAUAUUUAUUGUUUGUGUUUUCUUUUUUAAAAUAGUAUAAAAUAUGAAGAAAUAAAAUGUUGAUUUUA